AUGCUAUUUGCGUUGGUCUCCUUCAGUUUAAGAUUUAACAGGAGAAGCGAUUAUUUGGUAACAAGUGUUAUUUUGCAGGCCAAAAAACUCCAAGAGCAUAUCAGGGCAAAGCAGCGUAGAGAUGAGGAGAAGGAUCUAAAAGCACGCAGGGAACGCGUAGAACGCGCUAAAGAAGAACAUCGACGAGCGGCUGAAAAGCAGAAAGCCGAAGAGGCACAGGGAGGAGCCGGUGAGAGUUUCCCAAUGGGAUUCGCAGACAUAUUUCAAGAUCCUGAAACUGUAAAACUGAUGAAUGACCCUCAUGUUAUGGCAGCAGUUAAGGAUGUAAUGCUAAACCCGCAAAAUAUGGCUAAAUAUAAGAAUGAUCCACAGGUCGUAAAAUUGCUUGAAAAACUGAUGGCUGCCACCGGCGGUCCACCGCCUGAUAUGCCUCCAAAACCGGAACCCGCUCCCGAUUUUGCUGGACAUCCUCCAAAAACGCGUGAGCCAGAUCUCGACUAA